AUGGAGCUGGCUAAUACUCUCAGUCAAGACGGCGAGUCCAGAGGAGGUGUUUUAGCUCACUUGGAAAGACUAGAGACUCAAGUGAGCAGAUCCCGUAAAAAAAUGGAAGAGCCACAGAGCGCACCGGCAGUGGAAAGUGCUCUUGGAACCAGGAUUCAUGAACUGAAACGUCUGCGAGAUAAGCUGAGGGCUGAAGUGAAACAACGUCAAGCUAGUGUUAAAGCAUCUACUACCAAUGUAGAACCCGACCAAACAUUAGAGAUUACUGAGCAAGAAAUUUUGAAGAGAAAACGGGAGAACGUGAAAGCCAUUCUGCAGGCAUAUCGUUUUACAGGGAUCAGUGGGAAACUGACCAGCCGAGGAGUCUGUGUCUGCAUCAGCACUGCUUUUGAGGGGAAUCUGCUGGAUUCCUAUUUUGUGGACCUUGUCAUGCAGAAACCACUUCAGAUACAUCACCAUUCGAUUCCAGUCUUCAUUCCCCUGGAGGAGAUAUCUGCAAAAUACUUACAGACUAAUAUUCAGCACUUCCUGUUCACUCUCUGCGAGUACCUGAAUGCUUACUCUGGGAGGAAGUACCAGGCAGAUCGACUUCAGAGUGACUCUGAAGCCUUUCUGGCUGGGCCUUUGCAGAGAAACUCACUAUGCAACUUGCUGUCAUUUACUUACAAAGCGGAGCCGGAAGGCCAGUCCUUCCCAUUUUGUGCUAGACUGCUAUAUAAGGACCUCACAACAACUCUUCCAACUGAUGUCACUGUUACUUAUCAAGGGACAGAUGCAUUAUCCACCACACGGGAAGAACAGCGAGCAGCCCAUGAAAAUCUGUUUUUUACAAAGCCCCUACAUCAAGUGUUUACUUCAUUUGCAAGAAAAGGAGACAAGCUGGAUAUGAGCCUGGUCUCCUAG